AUGCGUACUUUAAAAUGGGAUCCAUGGUUUGAUCCAGAGGAGGAAACGAAGAUAGCAAUUGCAUGGAUAUCAUUCCCAUCAUUACCUCCUAACUAUUUUGUGAAAGAAGCAGUUUUUUCACUUGCCUCUACUGUUGGAAAGCCCCUACAAGUUGAUAUGGCCACAACCAAUAAAACCAGGCCAAGUUGUGCGAGAGUGAUGGUAGAAGUAGACUUGCUUAGAGAAUUCCCAAAGAGAAUCAAUAUAAGAAUGAAGAAGAAGAGACAUAAUGAGCAAGAUUGCUAUGUCAUUCAUCCAGAAUUGUAUCCCAAGGAUGAAGAACAAAGCUCAGACAAAGAACAAGAGGAAAACAGUAAGGCAGAUCAAAGGAAGAAUAAGGAGCAAAAGAAUACAAAAAAUAGCAGAACUGACAUUAAGGAGUACAAAGGGACUAAUGUUAGCAUAAUGAAAGGGAAAGAAAUAGCAGACAAGGUCCAGCCUGCAGAGGGCAAUGAUGCUGAUGGAUUCAAGGAGAAGAAAGGAAAACAAAGGAAUAACAGGCACUUUCAUAGAGGUAAAUAUGAUGAAAAUGCUUGGAAACCAAAAGAGAAUCAAACUCUACAAAACAAUCAAUAUGCAGCAUUGCAGAACACAGAUGAGGAUAUAAUAGAUGUGACUGAUGUGCAGAAAUCCUCAGAUGUAGAAGCAAAGAUGUCUGAUGCGUUAAACCAGAUUGUUGCAGUGCAGCAAAUUGUAAACAAUAAUGAGAAGGUCAAGGAAAAGCAGAUGGAAGAAGCAAAGGAAAAACAGAUAGAUGAAUUAAAAAAGGUGGAGAGGAUAUCAACAAAGGAGUGGAUUGAGAAGAAUUUUGGUAAACAACUCAAUGAUAAAGGGGAGAUUAUAUCUCAGCAGGUGUCUAAGGUGACUUCAGGUACACUUGGUCAAGAAAGGGAUCAUGAUGUGCUGCAGGAGCAAGAAAAGGAACAUGAUGUGCUGCAGGAACAUGAUUCAGAAGAAACUAGUGACAUCUCAAUCAGCAAAAACCAGGAGGAAGAAAACAAGUUUGGUGAUGUGCUGCAGGAGAAUGAUGAUCAUGAAGGGAUUCCAAUAGAGGAAAAUUCACAACAUGGAAAGCAUAAGGAGAUACAGGCUCAUGCUGAUAUCAAUAGCCAAGAGGAGGAAGAUUUAUCUCAGAACGUUGAUGAUAUAGCACAGGAGGCAGACUUAUCCCCUAGAAGUGUGCAGAAAUUGAAACAGGGAACAAAUAAACAAAAACCUGUCAGAAGUACCAGUAUCCCAGUGGCAGGAGUUUCAACAAGGAGGAGUAAGAACAAAACUAAUAAUUCUCAAUGA